CAGAGAGGAAGCACAAUGUAUGUGGGAGCAGUGAUCUACACGUUGUCGGAGGUGCUCAUCGCUGUCAGCUGCUGUCUUGGUAAUGUUCUGGUUGUUUUGGCGCUGUGGACCAGUAAAAGCCUUCAACAGCCCACCUUCUGCCUCAUUGUCUGUCUGGCUGUGGCCGACUUCAUGGUUGGCUGUGUGGCCAUACCGCUGGCUGUGAUGGGGAACGGACAAGUGACGACUUCGUUCCACGGCUGUCUCUUCAUCAACUGCGUGGUCGUCCUGUUGACCCACGUCUCAGUUUUGUGUCUUACGGCUAUUGCAGUGGACCGCUUCCUCCGGGUGUAUGUCCCGCUCAGGUACAAAAGGACAGUAACACAGAGACAUUCUCGGCUUGUUGUAGCAGCGUGUUGGCUUGUUGCAAUACCGCUGAGUUUUGCUCCCAUGUUCGGAUGGUACAACCACGAAACCUUGUCCAAGAAGUCAGUCAACUCUACUAUUGUCUGCCAGUUUACAGCUGUGAUCCCCAUGUCAUACCUGGUUUACUUCAACUUCUUUCUCUGCACCCUCACACCGCUGUUGGUGAUGACUGUGUUGUACGGCUACAUUUUUUGCAUCAUACGAGGAAACCUUCGAGAGAAACCAGGCAACGGUCCCCAAAAACAGUCUCAGAACUACCUGAAGAAAGAGAGGCAGCUGGCCGGGUCUCUGUCUCUGGUCUUGGCUCUGUUUGCUCUGUCCUGGCUCCCUCUCCACAUUAUGAACUGCAUCGUUUACUUUGGUGGGCCGAACGAUGUACCAGAAACAGCUUUCUAUGUUGGCAUCCUGCUUUCUCACGCUAACUCGGCUGUAAACCCAGUCGUGUACGCGUUCAAAAUACAAAAGAUCACGACGGCGUACCUGAAGCUCUGGAGGAAGUUUGUCGCAUCGGGAGAAGAAAACCAAGGAACUCAGACAAGCCAGACGACAGACAACAGCAACGUGAACAGCGUGGCCAAAAAUGAGUGA